UAGAGAGCGAAAAUAUAGGUUGAAUGUAAUUGCGGGUUGAAGUUAAAGGCUGCCAAUCACACCAUCAACGUGCUAUUCAAUUAAAGAAAGUCAGAAAGAACAACCAGCCAGAUGUCCAUCCCAACAGCCCUUACUCCACGCUUCGAAGUGCGCCAGCUCGAGGCCAAGGAUGUAGCCGUUGUGUCUGCAAUCAUGUCGCACACCAAUGUCUUCCACUCACCCAUGUGGGCAGUUGCACAACCAGAUGACCAGACCAAGCGCUGCUAUGACCUGUAUAACUCGCUCGACUACCUUGUGGGCGCGGCGAUCGCCUCCCGAUUAUCUUACGCGGUUUAUGACAAGGAAUAUAAAUUUAAGCGACCAGAGUCGGCUGUCACUGAUGGCGCUCUGUACUGGGAUCACACAAACCUGACCGCAACGUCUCAACAUCUUCUUGACGAGAUAGACAGCCCGUUAGUCUCAGUAUGUCUGGCCUAUGAUGGCUUUCAUCCGUUAGACCUUAACCAGUUGACGGACCUCUUCGAAAUCCUCCCACUAUUCGCCACCAUGCACGAGCAUUUCCAUGAGAUCGAUACGCGCGACCCAAAAUCCUGGGAACCCACAAGUGCCGGUCAGGUCAUCAUGCGGACAGGGACAUCGACUCGGGCGGACUACGCGGAAAUGGGUAUAAUGAAAAUGAUGGCACACUGGGAGAUGAAGGAUGCGGCUGCCAAAGGGUUUCGCGGAAUCAACAUGGAGACGCUGCAUCCAGCCGUCGAUAAAGUCUGGAUGAACCCACCAGCACCAUUCAAAGCGACGAGGGUUAACAUUUUCAACAUGAACGAGCUUACCAUCGAAGUGAACGGGGAGAAGGUCAUUGCAGCUCCGCAGGUUGACGUGCUCGCGGGACGCAUGUACGUCGAUCUAACCAGCUAAAAUCGCCGUCUAAAUAGCGUUCGGGCAGCUUCAUACAUUGAUAUUGUUCAGUAAGG